CACUGACGUACUGUAAAAAAGCCGUAACUAUAGAAACGAUAACGUAUUAGAACAAGCGCAUUCAAGAAUCAAGAAUUUCUGACCAAUCAGAAUCAAGACAUUUCGACCAUCAAUCUCUGGGUGACUUCACACCUUUGAUUUCUAACCGCAGGUGUUACGAGCGCUAAGCGAAACCCAACUCGCAGUUCAUCGUCACACCUUCGCUUCUAAUCACGCCCCGCGUUUGCGUCGCUCGAUAUUGUUUUUGUUUAAAAUUUUUUUUUUUUUUUGUGCGCGUGUGUGCCGAAAUCACUUCCUGUCAGCUAGCACCUCAAGCCACAUCCUUUCAUGCGUCUCGAAGCGUUAGCAUAUUUCCUGGGUCUCGUCUCGAGCCAGCUGCAGCCAUGGUGAGCUACUGCCCCAUCUGCGGGAAACCCGUCUACUUCGGUGAGAAAAAGAGGUCGCUAGGCCGGGAUUAUCACCCCCUGUGUCUGAAGUGCGACAAGUGUAAACGGCAGCUAACGGCUGGCCAACAUGCAGAGCAUGAUGAAAAGCCCUACUGCACGAACUGCUACUUGAGAGAUUUUGGGCCUAGAGGUACCAGAGCACUUGUGCCUCGUAACUGUAGCACCGCUACCUCCUAAGAGCACCCUCAACUCCAGCCAUGUUCCCAACUGCAGCAGCCAUGUUUAUAUCUGCUAGAUCUCCGACUCCAACUGCUAGAGCUCCAUCUCCAUCUAGUAGUUCUCCAACUCCACUUGGUAGAUCUCCAUCUCCAACCGUUACGUUCCCAUCCUCAUCUGCUGCCUCUUCAACUCUUAGUGAUCAGUCUCCACCUGCACGAUAUCCACCUCCCUUGGCUACACCUAAAACGGUCUCCAUCUCCAACUGCUGGAUCUGCUUCAUCUGCUAGAGCUCCAUCUCCAACUAGUUUGAUCUCAAUCCACGUCCGCUAGACCUCAAACUGCUCGAUCGGCAACGACCGGAUCUCGAUCUCCCGUUGUUAGGGCCCCUAGAUCUGCUCGAGCUCCAUGUCCAAUGACUUCACCUACUUCAAAUGUUAGAGCUUUGACCGAUAGAUCCUCAUUGCCAGCUCUUAUCCUCAAUCCUAUCUCUACUGGCUAGCGCUCCAGCUCCAAAUUUUACAAUUCCAGUGACGACUGAAAAAAUCUAAUCUCAAUUAACGAUUAGAUUUCCAUGUCCGACCAACAAACCCACAUCUACCAGACCUACCUCUCGAACACCGCCAACUCCUGGAUCGCCGAACGGAUCUUCUAGACCUACAUCUUUUCCUUCAACAUACCCAGAGCUCUAUCUGCUACAGCUUCAAUUCCACUGGAUCCACAAGUUCUGCACCUACAGAUCUCCAUCUUCAACCACUAGCUCUACGUUUUCAUCUCUCUCUGUCGUUCUUCUUUGCCCCGCUUCCUCCGAACACCAACUCUGGUAGAAAGAAGGUGGGGCCCAUGAUGAACGCCAGGCAACCAGCCUCCUUCUACCCCAAAACCCCUGACUCAUUCGUCCUCCGACCCCCACCCCAAAACAUCAUUUUGUAAACUCUCGCUCCUGCGAUGUUGGACGGUGUUCAAAUGCGGUCACAAGAGAAUACAUGCAACAUUAAACAAAACCGCUUUAAGAGCGUCCGUGCAGCAAAUCCACUUUUUUGGCUCCAGAAGUUCAGUCAGAUGGUUUUAGUUUGGCCCACGGAACCUCAGCGCACAAUUCGUUAAUCGAUUAUUUCAAAACACACUGUGACCUUUCUGUGUGUGUGUGUGUGUGUGUGUGUGUGUGUGUGUGUGUGUGUGUGGUUUUAUUUUGUUUUUCCAUUAUUAAACAUAAUUAUUUCUAAAAGUGAGUGAA